AUGCGGCUCGUGCAGUCCUACACAACACAAAUUGUAUCGAUUUUCAUAAUAAGCAACAUAAUAUGUGUUUGUAAUGCAUUUGUGGCAAAACAUAACAAUUUAACACUAAAUACAGUCAAAAAUUCCGUUGGCACGUCUAAACAUGCCAACGGAAAAUUUCCACUCAUAUACAGUGUACCAAAUGAAGCAACGCCACAGAAAUCAGAGAAUGGGAAUUUUUCUAAUGCAAAAGUUACUUAUAAUUCCAAAAUUGAUUCAAAUGGACCCGCUAAUGACUCCAAUAAAUCAUAUGUUACAGAUUCUACGAGUAAUGGAGAAGUCCAUGAUAAAAAUGGCAUAUCAUCAUCGGAAAGUAGUCAAAUAUCAGAGAAUGACUUUUGCAACGAAUUCAGCAAGUCAUUCAUGCAAUAUGCUUUAUCAAUAAUCUUGGGCCGCGCAUUACCAGAUGUAAGGGAUGGGCUUAAAGUUGUUCAUAGGAGGAUUUUAUGGGCAAUGAAUGAACUAAAUCUAACAAGCAAUUCGCCGUUUAGGAAAUGUGCAAAAGUUGUUGGCGAUGUACUCGGCAAAUUUCACCCUCACUCGGAUAAAUCAGUUUAUGACGCCCUUUGCCGUUUAUCCCAACCCUUUGCGCAGAGAAUGCCACUUAUUGAGGGCCAUGGCAAUUUUGGUACAAUUGACGAUCCCCCGGCAGCUAUGCGUUACACUGAAUGCAGAUUGUCGGCAGAAUGUGGUAAAGUUUACAUGUCAAAUGUGGAAAAUGAUACGGUCGAUUUUGUACCAAAUUUUGACUCAAGUGAAAUUGAACCUACAGUUUUACCAUCAAAACUGCCUAUGUUACUGAUAAAUGGUACUUCGGGUAUUGCAGUUGGACUGGCAGCCAAUAUCCCCUGCCACAAUCCAUAUGAAAUACUGAAUGCUUCGAUACAUAUGGCAAGAAACAGAGGCAAUUCUACAUUAGAUGACAUACUUGGGAUCGUAAAAGGGCCGGAUUUCCCCUCUGGAGGUGUUCUUAAUGCGUCAAAUGAACUGCUAAAGCAGGUUUACGAGACAGGCAAGGGAAGUAUCGAAGUAUCUGCAUUAUUGUGUUUUGAAGAAAGAUUCAAAGACUCUACCGAAAAUGUACUGGCGGUUAAAAAACCUCAUGAUUUACACUUUUCCCCCGGUAGCCGCAUUUCAAUUAUAAUAAAACAAUUGCCCUUUGGGGUACAUGUAACUGAUGUUACAAUGGCUUUACUAAAGGGUAUACAAGAUGGAGUUCUGUCCGGUAUUUCUGAUAUAAGGGAUGAAACUGAUCACACUGGUAUACGUUUAUGCUUGGAUUUGAAGAAGCACGUAUCUACUGUACAAGAAAUUGAACAUAUAAUAGAGGGUAUUUACAAGAAUUCCAAGCUUCGUACGUUUUACAAGUGCAACUUUAUAGCUUUGGUACAGAGGAAUCAGAGUUUGGUGCCUGUACGUUUGUCCUUGCUGUCGACAUUAAAAUACUGGCUACAAUUCCGCGUUGAUACUAUAAAGCGAAAGGUCAAUUUUUUUCUCAAAAAAGCUCAGGAUAGACAAACGGUCAUUGAAGGGAUGAUUAAGGUGGUGAAUAAUGCGGAAAAUGUGGUAAAGAUGAUUCGCAACUCAAUCUCUGCCACUGAAAUUAGGAAAUCUUUGGCUACUAAGGAAUUUGGUUCAUUAAACAAGAUCCAGACAGACGCUGUGAUGAAGUUGACUCUAUUUCAACUAACAAAACUGCACUCUGACGCUCUACUCAAGGAAAAUGACAAGUUGGUUUACGAUUUAAGUAAAUACAAAAAAAUAUUGAGUAACCCAGACACUAUAUACGACAUGAUUGUGGAAGAAUUGGAGGACCUUCGUGCUUGCAAUAAACAGUUAUUUGCCCCGGGAAAUCGAAAGACAUUGAUCAAAGGAGAUGAGGAUGUGUUAGAUAAUAUAAUUUAUCAAUCAUAUGAAGAAAGGUCGAUUUUAUCACUAAAUCUCCGCACCGGGAUAAUGCAAAAAUCAAAGAUUCCUACAACAAUCGCAAAACCCAGAAGUCUUCCUGCGCCAUUAAUAAUCAGUGAAUCUGUACUAGAUAAAAUUGACAAUACAACUAGUGAAGUCACCAAAACAAAAAGUGAUACUUUGUUUGAAUGUCUAAAGAUUGGACAACAUAUAUUAUUGAUCAGCAACACUGGUAUAAUGUACACCAUGCCUGACUCAAGUAUAAAUUUCUCUUCAAAGGGCAUUUGCCUGACAAAAUUGAUACCUGGAAUAAACGCACAAAUGAUAUCAUCAAUAUCUUCCAUCGCCCCUUAUACAGCAGAUCCUGAAUCAAAAUUGUACAUAGUAAAUCAGAGUGGCUGGCUAAGGAUGGUGCACAAUAAACAAUUGUUGGAGGUACAGAUGAAGAAUGGAAUACGCAAACUAAGGUUGUUUAGGGGAAAGGCGGAAGAUGAUCAACUGAUCUUGCUGCAAGCUAAACCAAGCGACAAUAAUUACCUAUUGUUGGGCACCAUGGACGGAUUUAUCAUCAAACUUUCAUUGGAGGCAUUAGAAAAUAGUAAGAAAAUGACAAAGUUGAUAAACCUACGGACCAAUGACAAAGUCUCUUGCGCCUGUAUUGUUAAACAAAAUAGUCAAGUACUACUCUUAUCUACAACAUCUCACUUGAAGACUAUGAAUGUUGACGAUAUUAGAUUACAAUCCAGGAGAGGCAGAGGCAUCAACUCUCAUGUGACUGGCAACGGAAAUUUGAUCCUUUUGCAACCAAUUGUUAAUCCUCACAGCGAUUUGUUGAUUGUGACGAGGAGCUGUUUGUUUAGAAAGAAGUUCCCCCUGAAGGAGAAGUUAGCCAAGCACAAACCCAUGCGGAUACGGGCGUUCAACGAUGAAGAUGGCCUGAUCCGGUUUGCCACAUUAGUUUAA